GUUUUAAUUACCUACCUAACGAAGCAUACUACUACUAUAAUACAUUCGAGAAUGUAGUUAUAGUUAAACAAACUAGCAAAUAAAGCAAAAACUAUUUAACCAAAACAAAAAAUACCAACUACCAAGAGUAGAGAUAUCUCUCAGCCUUUUUGGAAGAAACAUCCAAAAUAUGGUCAUGGGUAUUGUAUAGGUACAACACAAUCAGUAUGCGUCAAUGGUCAAAACGAAGUAUUACGUUUAAACUAAUAUUAUUAACUUAAAUAUUUCUAGUGUAGUACCGUAGUAUCCAGCAUAAUAAACGUAUUACUAUAUUAUAAUAAACUUUACUGGAAAUCUUCAAAAAUUAAACUCUACCUAUAUUCAAUAAAUAGCGAAUCCGAGAAAUUAAAAUUCCGAAGAUUGAGUGAUAUAAUAGGUAUAGCAAUAACUAUUUCCUCGGAAUGAGAGUACUUUAUAAUAAACUUAUUAAUAUUGCAGGUAAAAAGUAAUUAUACACAGUAGUCUCGAUAACUCGAAUCUCAAGGGGAGAAAAUAAAUUUGUCUUAUAUAUUUUUCUAGGUACCUAUGUACCUCAUACUCAGUUUGAAAACACUUAAAGAGGUAAAAAAAAAAUUCGAGUUAUCGAGACUCGACUGAAGUAUUAUAUAUUUUAUUUUAUUUGCGCUUGAAUCAAUAAAUAAACACAAAACCACAUGUUCUCGCGUUCAUUUCGUAUUUGCAUUAUUGUAGAAUUAUGAAAACUGUGUUCGUCGAGGUUGUACAACUAUGCUGGCUUCAGACGAUUUAUAAAACCUUAAAAUUUUAAAAUACUUAAAAUUGUAAUACAUAAAAAUUAUUUCAAAAUCAAUUGAAGACGAUGAGAUUUCUAGGUGUCUGAUUGACUGGUUAGUCCUGUUAAGUUGUAGAGAACUAAACAAACAUUUUCUAAGCGGCUGAUAAAAACGAAUUGCAGACAUCAUCAUCGUCAUCAUCAUAAGUGAAACAGUGGAUAAAGCCCAUUUGAAUAUGUUAAUUAAAUCUAAAAUAUGUGUAUUGAUCAUUAUUUUUAGAAAACCAUUAUUAAAACAAUGAAACAUUUUAAUUUUACUAUACACACGAGUACACAACUAACUUACUAUAUGCAAUGAAUGCCAUGCACACACACGGACGCUUAAUAUAUAUAUAUUUAAUAAUGUUAUUAAGUUUAGUGCGAUGACUGAUGUUAACAGCUGCAGGUGUCAAGUGGUGUGUAAUGUGUAGUGCAUAUUAUGUUCAAGUAUAGUCAUAACUUAUACUUAUUUACAGUUAAAAAUCACAAAAUAUGGAUUAUUAGUUUAUAAAUUCUAAUUAUAAAUGUUACAGUGAGUCGUAACACCUUUUAUACAAACAUGAAUACCUACUAUAUUACAUGAUAUCAAAUGAUAGUUGAAAUGCAAUAGAUUGUUUAUUAAACCUUUGUGAAACGCUUUAAAAACAUAAAACCCAUCAAUCAUCAUAUAGCAAUCGUUUUUAGAUUAUAAAUCAUAAUAAUUUAAAACUUACAAUAAUAAAUAAAGAUUUCGUAAAAAACGAAUGUAGUAUUUUACUAGUAAAAUUGUUAUAUUUUCGAAUAUAUAUCAACGUUGAUGAUAUGACAAAGUAUUGUUGUAAUUCAAAAAACUUUAUUCGACAACAAUAGAAACGAUAACAGGCGCAAAGUAUAGGCAUAUAGCUGCUAAAUGUUUUCCGAAGUAAAUUGUCCGGAAGUUAUUGUGUUAAAAAUUACUCAUCUUGUAAAAUUACAGAUAUUAUUCCAAGUUCUAUAAACCUAGAAUGUUUCUUCAACAUUCUUUAUAAAUUAGUGAAAACAUUUUUGUUCGUAAUGAAACACAUGUUAAAACAACAAAAAGCCGAACCAAAUGGUGUGUAUAAUUUUCUUCUUUGAGCGAAUUGAAUUCAUAACUAAUAACUAAUAAGUAAUAGAACUACUGUUAUAUAUUAUUGAAGUAAAUGAAAAAAUGAAAAAACCACAAUUUCCGGACUCUAGAUAUUGCUAUGGUAAAGGAAUAAUAUAAGGACAGUGGAACCUCGUUAUCUCGAAGUCUCGAGGGACCGAAAAAGUAUUUGACUUUUCGAAAUUUCAAAACGCCGCGAGUGGUAAUGAGGUAAUCCCGAAAUGUGCAUUACAUUUUAAAUGAAAAUUCGGUUUAUAUAAUUGUACUGUAUUUCGUUGUUAUUUAUAUAUUAUAUUUGAUAUCGAUAAGAUGCACAUUAUUGUAUAGUACACCUAAGUAUGAAAUCAAUAUGCUUUUUCUGCACUAUCUGCAACAGAGGCAUAUGCGCUUAUGUAUAUUUGUAUUAUCAUUCUACUCGUUCGAUUGAUUUAUUAAAUAUUCGGGACGAUUCUAAAAAGGAAUUAAUAAAAAAAAAAUAAUAAUAACAAUUCAAUGACAGUUUAUACGUAUGCGCGGUCAAGUACGCCGCCGGAUGUUUCAAGUUUCAACUAUACCCGAUGACCGCGACCACCGUUACAGCGUGUAUGGGUGAUACAGGUACCUGGGGCGCCCUCGCAAUACUGGCGUCCUUGGAUAUACCCUCCUUGGCAACUAACUAUAUGUGUGACCUAAACAAAUCGUCGAUUAUAUUGUACGGCAUUUCACGAAUCGCGUUCGUUACAUUCAAACGUGUGUUAAAUUUUUGUUUUUUUUUUUUUUUUGUAACGGCUAAACGGAUAUAUAAUAUUAUUAUGUCGGAAAAGGAUAUCGCCAGACAAGUAUUGCGUGGCUACAUAGACAGGGAAAUCGACUUGGAAAACCAAUUAAAAGAGAUAUUGAACAGGCGUAAGACGGUGGUGGUGGAAGAAGGAGACUUUUUCAAAAUCCGUCGAGAACAGAUGGAGAAACAGAAGAAAAUUGCGAAAAAAAGGAACGAAACUUUUUUAAAAGAUCUCGAACACACAACUGCCAAAUUAAGAGCAUCUCUAGCUUGCGACGACCUCACUGACAAAAAGUUAGACAACGAACGCAAAAAGUUUACAGAUUAUAUCAGACAGACACGAGAACAAUCUGUUUAACCUUUCAGAAAACUGUUUUUGACGUGUAAGCUGUGAUAUUUUAUCUACAAAUCAAUUUAUUUGUAGUAUGAAUUUAAUAAUAACAUAUGAUUCUUUCACAAAUAAAAUGUAAAUACCUAUAUUAUGAAACAUGUACACAUUACAUUAUUAUUUCAUCAUGAUAGGAACCCUUUUUAGAUAAUGAAAUAAUAAUACCUAAAAAUCACAUGUAAGUAUACGAUAUAUGAAGAAAAAUUUGUAAUCGAUUAGAAAUAUAAAAGUUUCGUGUGUUGAUAUUGAUUUAUAUGUUUCGUAGUUUUGUUUCUGUAUAGGUACCAGUGUACCGCUCAUAUAUUUAUAAAUAUAGGUUACAUACUUGGAAGCUGAAAUUAUGCAGUAACUGUGUAACGUUUUUAGUUUAUAUAAUUUAACCUAAUUUCGUAUUUUUAGUAGAUGGUGAUUAUUUUAUUAUAAAUUAUAAUAUCAGGUAACCUCAUUGAGGUCGGUCGAAUUACUCCAGAGAGAAGAAUCUUAAUUUUGUGAAAUGUGUCUUUUUUUCUUUAUCACACUCAGGUGUUGAUUUAAUAUCUUGUAAGUUGUAAUAAAUUAUGAAAAAGAAAUGUUUAAUUUGAAAAAAUAGAAAAAGUAGAGGUAACCGCUCAACUGUACAGUAAAGAUGUCAAGUGUACCUCGUCAUUGAAUAAGUCACUGCAGUAAUGUUAAUGUAUGAGUACGUUUUAAUUCGAUGAUAAAACAUUGCAUACGAAAACUAAUAUAUUAAAUCAUUAUAACAUUACCUACGUAUAUAUAUUAUAUUAAUAUCAUAAAUAUGAUUGUGAUUAACUUUUGACUGAAUUUUGAUUUUUGAGUCAAUACUAAAUUUCACUCCAUAAAAAGUGUGAGUUUAAAAGAAACUAAGCUAAAUAU